AUGGACCUGUCCCACGACCCCAGCCAGACCAUGCCUGCUGCAGUAGACGAGGGCGUGGCCAAUCAUGACGGCCAGGGAAACCCCAGGGCCGGCCCGGGCAGCACAGCCGGUGCCAAUGCCUGUCUCGCCUGCAGGAAGAUCAAGAUGAGAUGCAUCGUCCCAGCCGCCGGCGAGGCAAAGUGCCAGCGCUGCGCCCGCAAGUCCAUCGAUUGCAUCUUCCGCCAGCAUCGCCGUGGCCGCAAGCCCGGCACCAGAAUAACACCAAGAAACAAAACACUGCUCCCUUCAAACGUGCCCGAGCCUGAGGCCCUGCCCGUCCCCGAGUCUGCCACUACCACAACUGCAGCUGCGGCUGCGGCAGACCCACCCCACGAUGUGACGCCUCGUGCCUACCAGGAUCGACAGUCGGCAUCCUCCUCCAGGGGCCAGAGUGUGCAUGAAAAUGCAGACUGGGAGACAGGCGCUUUGCAGCCCUCGGGCUUGCUGCAGCAUGCAGUCUCGCAUGGGCAGUUCUCACUUCGCAACAUCCUCAACGCGGUCGACGCCGCACCGUCAUCAACCUUGCUAAGGCAUCCAGAAAACACUGCACCCCACGUCAUACCACCUGACGAUCCUGUCAAGCUCGGCCUCGUCACGCUCUCGGUAGCCUCAGAUCUCUUCCAAAGCUUCAUGAGAUGCCAGAAUCCAUUCAUAAAUCAGCUAGAUCCCAAUCUCCACACUCUGAGCUACGUGCGCCAGCGAUCUUCUUUCCUCACCUCGGCAGUACUGGCUGUGGCGGCCAAAGGCACCGAUACGCCGCUCUAUGAAAGGCUGGUCGACCACGCCGAGGACCUGCUGACCACCAGCUUCCGCCAAGGCCGCAAGUCCACCGAGACUGCUCAGGCGGUCAUGGUUCUUACAUACUGGAAAAAGCCCGAGGACAAUCGUGCUUGGAUCUCACUUGGUUACGCCGUGAGAAUGGGCAUGGAGCUUGGCUGGCAUCGCUUGCACAGAUACUCCUCGGACGACUUUGCCAAGCUGAGAAGCAAUUUAGAACGCUUGGAAGCUCGAAAUAUCCAGAGAACCUGGUACAUUUUGUUCGUCUAUGAUAGAAGCAUGAGCUUGCAGACCGGCAAGCCUUGGAUGAUCGAGCGAAGCGAUUUCAUCGAGUCGAUUGAGCCAUGGUGCAAGGAUCCAAUGGCGACCCCGAGCGAUCGGCUUUUGGGGGCUUUCGUGACGUUGCGCUUAUUGAGCUCAGAGGUUUUCAAGCUUCUCGGACCACGCAGCACCAGGAAUGAUGCUGGCCAAGUCCACCGCCUGGACUCAUUCCUCUCUAUCAUCAAAGGGAGGCUAGACGAGUGGGAGUCGAAGUGGAUACGAUGCGUCUCUCCAGAGAGCUGCCACCCAUUCUUGAUUGGCUUCUACGGUGCCCACCUGCGUCUACAACUCUUCUCACUACCCUUGCAGGCAGUCUUGGGGCGCCGGAACGCAAAUAUCGAGUACAAUCUCGAAGCCCUAUGGACCAGCUACAGCAGUGCGAUCGAGAUGCUUCGCUUGAUUUGUCGAUAUCCGACACAUGCGCACUUGGCUCAAGACUCUGUUCAUGUGAUGACGGCGUACUGUGCCAAGUUCUUGAUCAAACUCCUGCUGUCCGUGCCUUCAUCAAUCGCCAAUGAGAUUGAGUCAGAGGUGCUCCAAACGAUUGAAAGUGCAGCCAGAGCUCUGGACCAGAGGAUCUCGUCACCAGCCCAGGCCAGCUGUACUCUGCAAGCUGCAUUUCUAUACAAAGUCACUGCAAACUAUGUCGAAAAGAAAGCGUCUGGACAACAACGAAGCAGACAGACCAAGUCUGGCAGAACAGGCACAGACACUAUGAAAAUCCCUUCCCAGGAGCAAGACGGCGCACAGACUCGGCCCCUAGAGCAGCGGGCCGUACAGGGGAGCGUGAAUGUGCCACCAGGUUCAGAGACGGGGAACACUCCAUCUACCACAACCUCUCCCAACACGAUGGACACGCUGGCCAGUGAUGGCCACAAUCCCCAGGGCCUGCCUGGGAGUGGCGGAGGCCUGUUUGUCGACCACAACUUUUCUGGCCUCGAGGCCAUCUUUGCAGAUGACAUGACCUGGAGUAAUGUCUUCCCAGAUGGAGUCUUUAUUGGGCAAGAUGGUGGGGUUUUGUCCAUGUGA